AUGGAGGUGCAGGCAGGCGGCGGCGGCGGCCACACCGUGUGCACCGUGCCCCGAGGAGGACCCAGUGGCAGCGUCGAGCUGAGGGGCAUCGAGCUGCAGGAUAUCGAGCAGCAACGCACGAGGCGCAACAUCGAGAUCUACGUGAUCACGCGGUGCGAGCCAGCCACCGCGGUCAGAGCGCAGAGUGCCGUGGCGAGCGUCCUCGAUGCGAAGCAGUUCCUUGGCGCGUUGGCGGGGUUCGAGGCGCGGCGCUCGGAGUGGGGGCGCGACGUCAGACGGCGCGAGGCGGCGUCGGGGUGGGUGUCGAUAUUGAGCUCCCCAGAAGUGUUCAAUGCGGGAGUGAAGAAGCAUAUCUCCCCGCAGAAGGCGCCGCGCAACAUGCGAACGGCGCUGCAGAUGCAGAAAGGGCGGGGCUACGACGAACUGGUUGGCGCGACGGCGCAGCACUUGCAAUCGCCGGCGGUCUACUGCGAUGGCUACCGGCGGACCCAGGCGGCGCCGAGCGGGUCUGGUGCAGGCAGGGCCCGCGGCGGUGCAGCGAUGGAGGAGAUGACCUACGAGAGCGAGUGGGAGCAAGCCCGCGAGAGCAAGUGGGAGAGAGGCUGCACUUUCGCGAUCGCGACGGGCGAGGACGAGUACCUGCCGCCCUGGCGCCGGCAGCAGCUGGAAAAGGCGAGGGAACGCAAGCGGCUCCGCCUCGAGGACUGGUUCCUGGCCGUGCAGCUGCUGCUGGGCUGGGACGACCAGAAGACGACGAGCGCGCAGGAGAUGGAGAAGGCUCUGUCCGAGUUCCUGGACGGCGAAGCCAGAAGUAAGCACCACGUCACCCCGCGCAGG